AUGGCCAUGGCGUCGACCGAAUCCAACUACCGCUCCGAGCUGUCGGGCUUUCGAUGGGCGCAAGGGAGAACAGACGACUCUCGGCCACAGAACGCAUCCACUGGACCGACGAGCUACCUCUCGACCAUCACAAAUAGCAUCUCUGGCUAUGUGCCAUUACGGUCCAACGAGCGCACCAACGAAGAGGAGGCAUAUCUCAGCUUGAGUCGAUGGGAGAGAUUCCUCGGCUUUCUCGCAUGUCUCGCCGGCGCAGCAGUGUGUUUCUUCUUCAGCUUCAUCUUUCUCUCUCCGCCCAUCCUGGCGCUUCGACCGCAAAAGUUCGCGCUCGCCUUCUCGCUCGGCAGUAUGCUCUUCAUGAUUGGCUUCUCGAUCCUCUCGGGUCCCCUGGCGCAUCUCAAGCACAUCUGCAGCAAGGAGCGACUGCCCUUUUCGAUCGCCUACUUUUCAUCGCUCGCACUCACGGUUUACUUUGCGGUGGGACCACGCAAGAUGCUGCCCACGGUUGUUUUUGCGAUAGUGCAGAUCGGUGCGCUGCUGACCUAUCUGGCGGCGUACUUUCCGGGUGGAACGACGACGUUGCGGUACGGCGCGAGCAUGUUGUUGCGUGGAGGAGCGUCGCUGUUGCCGAUUUGA